AUGGACUCUAAAUCUCCGACGAAAUGCAGUACUUCGAUGAAUUUCACCGGUAAUUUAUCACUUUGCCCAACUGUCCAACCUGUACUGUUAGGACCCAUGGUAAAUCCAUUUGACGAGUUUUACAAGUUUGCCUUCGGAUCAGCAAUUUACAUUAUCAUCGUUUCCUUCAUAACCAUCUUAGCCAACGGUUUGUUACUUGUGGUUUUCUUCUUCGAUCCAUUGAAGAUAUUUCGCACUGCCACUACCUAUUUCUUGAUCGGUCUGGCCUUAGUGGAUAUCUUAACCGCCGCCUCGCAAGAACCCAUGUACGCUACAUGCUUUAUAAUGAUGUAUCUUAGACAUCCUGACACCCUAACAACGUGCACACCUCUUCUGAAUGUGGGCCAAGUGAUAGCUGUUGCAGCCAUGAAUGCAUCAUUUCUGAUAGUACUUGCUUUCACAAUUACACAGUACAUUGUGGUGGUCUCGCCGCUAAAAUACGGCCGGCGCGUUACAAAAUCGCGGGUGGUGAUCUGUGUAUUGGCCAUAUACGCGUAUUCCAUAUUGUUCAGUCUCUUUCCUGUUAUGGGCAUCGCCGAAGAGAUCGUGCAAAAGAUCGAUAACAUUUUUCACUCCAUUACUUUGGUCUACGUCACCAUUAUCUUUUACAUUCUGCUGUACGUCGCCUUUAGGAAGAAAAUGGCUGCUUCUGAAAGUCUUCGAGAAGACAAGACCACACAAGCUAGAGGGAGAGAAAAUAAACAAACAGGGGUGGAACGCAAGUUUAUCAUCGUCAAUUUUCUCCUAAUCGCCAUCUUGUUUUUGACGUCUCAGCCGUCUGCCAUUUUAUGGAUUUACCGCUUGUAUUCCAACGAAAACCCCAACUCUCCAAGAGUUCUGAUUGUCAAUCUCAUGGUGGCCGACAACCUACUUUACCUGAAAUUCCUGCUCGACCCGUUUGUCUACGCAUGGCGAAUACCCAAAUAUCGACAGGCCCUAAAAAAUGUCCUGCGCUGUGGCAGAGAGGAGCCUGAAACAACCUUUAGUGACCGCGUCAUGGCCCAGGUUAGCAAGUCACGCGAGACUGUAGUGACCCUGGACUUUAAAAGCAUUCGGGACUAA